AUUCAAAAACGGCUGAAAUAUCUUGUUCUGGAGGUUUUGAAAAAUCUACAGCAAAGACAGAUACCAGCGGGGAGCUAAAGGUUAAAUCCAAACCUCAUUUAAACAUCGGUCGAACAGACUCCAAAUCCCACAAUGCAACACAAAGCACACCUGCAUUAUCGGAGCACAAGUGACUCAAACAUUGGAAAUAAAGAGCUGGACUCUCUGCCAAUGGUUUCGUCACCUACCGAUGAGACACCGCAGGUGAAAUCGCCAAACCGGACCAGCUCGCGAUCUAAAAGACGCCGAGGCAAAGAGCUGCUGAGCCCCACCAAAGAAGAAAUGGGUCAGGGUAAACAGGAGGUCAAGGACAAACCUCUUGUAGACAUUGUAAAGACCACAGAGCAGUAUUCUGAUAAAGAAAGACCCAACUCUGCUUGGGAGGCCGUAAGUAAAAAACCUGAAGUCCCUCCAAGGUUGGAGAAAGCAACAGAAAUUAUGCAAAGCAUAAAGAAAAAAUCUGACUCAAAGUCUCCAGAUGUGGACACAAAAGUUCCUAAAGAAAUGAAAAGCAGCUCAAAUGAAGAGAAGACAGAAUGGACCGAGAUUGACUCAAAAACAGAAGAGAAACAGAGAAACAUCAACAGAAAGCAGCCUGUUCAAGAGCGCUCGGAAGGAGAGGGGCAGAGAAACAGAGACGUGAUUGUAAACACAUUGUUUGGAGAGUCAGGGAAACCAGAUCCAUCUGUGACAAAAGAAGAGAAACCACCGUCCCCAGAGGACCUGAAGGAGGCCAGCUCUAAAGACUCCUUUGAGCCAGCCAAUAACAGCGCUGCAGCCUCCAGGAAAGAUGCCAUGCGAAACAGAGGGAGUGAGACGGAUACGCUGGUCUUACCUGAGGAAAAAGCAGAAAACACCACUGAGAGUGACCCAAAAAGACCAUCAAAGACAAACCAAAAGAGUAGCGAAAAACACCAUUUGGCUGAGAUUACCAGUCAGAAUGAGAAAAACAACCUUGUUACAGAAAAAACUGAGACACACAAACAUAGUACUGAAGUCAGCACAUCAAAGCCAACCGAGCAGAAUGUAGAAGAAGGAAUUACAACAAAGACGACUAAACAAGGUAAAUCAAAGGACACCUCAGCUGUGAGGCAAGAAGACACAAUUAUGGCAACCAGUGAGGGUAUGGCAACCAUAAUUUCACCUCCUACAGAGGGAGGCGGUCCCAAAAGAGAUGGACCGCCCCUACAGAACCAAUCAGAGAGCGGAGAAGAACAGAAAACACAGGCAGUGUCUAAUAAAAGGGAUUUACAACAGCCUAGCACUGACACUAAACAGGGAGGCACCAAAGAAACCCAGAGUAAAAUCACCAGCACCGAAAUGACAUCCAUAGUGAAUGGCGAUAUACGCUCUGUACAGGUUUCUGACGGUCUUAAACAGUCUGGAGAAAAUACACUUGGCUCUAGCCUUGAAAAUACCUUACCUGAAAUAUCAUCCAAUAAUGACAAUCUACCUCUGAGCUCGGCAAAAAAGAAGCCCACUUCCUUGUCAUCCAAAGCCAUUGAAGCAUCCGCCGAGCAAUCUGGCCAGGUCACCACUAAACCAGCCUCAACAGAUGAUACGGCCUACAGUCAUAACAAGAACAUAACUCUGUCAAACUCAGCUAAUAGAAAAACAACUAAUGAAAAGAUCACUUCUCCAUACACCUCAACCAAUGAGAAAACCUCCACUUUGCCUGCCUCAGCUAAAGAAAAGACUACAGGUCUAUCAGCAUCAAUCACUGAGACAAUCUCUGCUACAUCAGGCUCCAGUGAUGAUAAAAACAAACCUCCACCAGCCUCAACUGAUGAGACAAUCUCUGCUUUGCCUGCCCCAACAAAUGAAAAGGCCAUGCCUCCAACGGCAUCAGCUAAUGAAGAGACCACGCCUCCAACAGCAUCAGCUAAUGAAAAGACCACACCUCCAACAGCAUCAGCUAAUGAACAAACCAAACCUCCAAAACCAUCAGCUAAUGAGCAGACCACGCCUCCAACAGCAUCAGCUAAUGAACAAACCAAACCUCCAAAACCAUCAGUUAACGAACAGACCACACCUCCAACAGCAUCAGCUAACGAAAAAACCACGCCUCCAACAGCAUCAGCUAACGAAAAGACCACGCCUCCAACAGCAUCAGCUAACGAAAAGACCACGCCUCCAACAGCAUCAGCUAGCGAUAAGACCACGCCUCCAACAGCAUCAGCUAACGAAAAAACCACGCCUCCAACAGCAUCAGCUAGUGAAAAGACCACGCCUCCAACAGGAUCAGCUAGUGAAAAGACCACGCCUCCAACAGGAUCAGCUAGUGAAAAGACCACGCCUCCAACAGCAUCAGCUAGUGAAAAGACCACGCCUCCAACAGGAUCAGCUAGUGAAAAGACCACGCCUCCAACAGGAUCAGCUAGUGAAAAGACCACGCCUCCAACAGGAUCAGCUAGUGAAAAGACCACGCCUCCAACAGGAUCAGCUAGUGAAAAGACCACGCCUCCAACAACAUCAGCUAGUGAAAAGACCACGCCUCCAACAACAUCAGCUAGUGAAAAGACCACGCCUCCAACAGCAUCAGCUAGUGAAAAGACCAUGCCUCCAACAGGAUCAACCAAUGAAACCAUCUCCACUUCAUUAGCCUCCAGUGAUGACAAGAACAAUCCUCCACCAGCCUCAGCUAAUGAAAAGAAUACAACUCCAUCAGAGUCAACUAGCAAAAGGACAACUAAGCAAGAGACCACAACUCCACAAGCCUCAACCAAUGACACAACCUCCACUUUGACUGCCUCAACUAAAGAAAAGACUACACCUCCACCAGCAUCAACCACUGAGACAAUGUCUGCUACGUUAGGCUCCAGUGAGGACAAAAGCAAACCUCCAGCUCAAGCAGCCUCAACUAACGAGACAGUCUCCGCUUUGCCUGACUCAGCUAAUGAAAAGACUACGCCUCCAACAGCCUCAACUAAUGAAAAGAAGGGAACUACAUCAGAGCCAGCUAAUAAAAGGACAACUAAUGAAGAGACCACAUCUCCACAAGCCUCAGCCAAUGAGACAAUCUCCGAGAAAAAGACUGCACCCCCACCAGCAUCAACCGCUGAGACAAUCUCUGCUACAUUAGGCUCCAAUGAUGACAAGAACAAACCUCCACCAGCCUCAACUGAUGAAAAAACUAUAUCUUCAUUAGACUCAACCAAUGAGAGAACCACACCUCCACCAGCCUCAAAUAACGAGACAAUCUCCACUUUGCCUGGCCUAGAUAAUGAUAAGACCACGCCUCCAACAGCAUCAGCUAAUGAAAAGACCACGCCUCCAACAGCAUCAGCCAAUAAAAAAGCCAAGCCUCUACCAGCACCAACUAUUGAGACAACCUCCACAUUAUCAGGCUCAGGUGAUGACAAGACCACACCACCAUCAAUCUUAACUAAUGACAAGACCACACCUCCAUCAGCCACAACUAAAGAAAAUGUUGCACCUCAACCAGCUUCAACCAAUCCACCAAUCUCCAUUGAUAUCACUACUAAAAAUGAGAGGACCACACCACUACCAGUGUCGUCCGCUUUCCCGCUAAACACUAUCAGUGGAGAUAAUAUAACUCCACUUCCUUCAUCCAAAGAAAAGACAAUAUCACCACCAGACUAUGAGAGUAGGAAGGCCACACCUUCACCAGAAAAGCCCUCGGGUCCUGACGUCUCAGCAAAAGAGACUCCAUCCACAAGAAAAAAGAAAUUCCUCCUCAAACCCUUUCUCCUUCCAGAAAUCCCCUCUGCGCCCGGCAGCUCCUCCCAGAGCAGGGACUCUCCAUCUAGCUGGCUUGAUGUGGAUCACCAACGUCCUAUGAAGAAGAAACUGUUGAUUCCAGAUCCCAAGCUCAGCUCCUCUGUGAGUGAGACCAACCUCCUGAACACAUCGGGAAAGUUUGACCCAGAUGACUUCAUUGCAAAUGUGAAAAGGCUAGCGAUGCCAUUCAAUCUUCCCCUACGCAAACACAACAAACAUCGCCUGCAAGCACCUCCAUUUGCCAUGCCUGCCAUCAAAGAAGACCGCUUUGAGAAACCCUUUUAUCCAGAGGAGUUCCAGCAUGGCUUGAGGCGAAGGAGGGAAUUCAUUUUGGAUUUGCCUCCCAGUUCAAAAUCAAAGAGUCAAGCUGCAGAAGUCAAGAAGGCAGAGAUCAAACCAAAGCGAGAGAGCAUCCUCACAAGGUCCCUGAUCUUUCAGAGAGCAAGUAAGGAGUCUGAAAAGGAAGAGGAAGAAAAAGAGGAGGGAUCAGAAGAAAAAACAACAGAACUACCGAAGGCAAAGUCUCGUUUGGAGAGGUGCUCUAUUGUCAGCAUUCUACGCAGCCCCAGCAAAGGGAAACGAAUGGAGUUUUUAAGCCCCACAGAGUGUCCUUCAGAUGGGCUUUUAUCUCCUAGUGAUGAUUCUGGGUCUACAGCACCUCCACAAUCACAGCUAGCCCCAACUACAGAACCACCCAAACUGGUCCCAGUAGAGGAAACCCUAGCUAAGAAUGACAGCCAUGGUACCCCGUCUGGUUCUCAGGUUACUCUAAAACCUAGCAAGGACAUUGGGCCUGCCUUGACACCUGACCUCAAAACAGCUUUGAGAGACCCCACAGUCACUAUGUUUACAGACACUAAUUCUCCUUCUCCUCCUGAUGGUUCCCAGAUUAGUUCCCAAGUUGUGCUGAAACCUACGAAAGAUAUUGGACCUACCCCGACACCUGACUUGAAAACAACUUCAGGCGACCCUCCAAUCACCACGUUAACAGACACUAAUACACCUCUAACGCCUAGUCAUACCCAGUCCGGUUCCCAGGAUGUUCUAAAUCCUAUCAAGGAUGAUGGACCUGCUAUGAGACCUGAUCUCAAAACAACUACAAGAGAGCCCACAGUCACUAUGUUUACAGACGCUACUGCAUCACUGCCUCUCAACGGUACCCAGACUGGUUCUGAUGUUGUUCUGCGACCUGAUCGACCGACCCUGAAAACAACUACAGUAGAUGCUAAUGCUACUCCACCACAUCCUUCAUUUGAUGACGUCAAGUUGCCUAGUUUCCUGGAGAAAAUUCUUCCAAAGGAACCUGAAAACGCUCAACCAUCAAAUAAGAUCAACCCACUGGUGGCUAGAGAAAGUGCCUCAAUACCUGGUCUAGUGGAUCUGAACAAGGCUGUUGACGUAGCUGAUGGGAAGAUCCCAGAAGUUACGAUUCCACCGGCACCUGUAGUUCCAGCGGCUCAAAUCCCUCAAGCUAAACCUCAGAGAGAACUACCAAAUAUUCCAGCUGCUCGCGGAAUCCACCAGCGUCCUGGAAAGGUUGUGAUAUUUGAGCACCAUCAGUUCAGCGGUCAUUCCUUUGAGUUCUACAGGGAUCAACCUGAUGCCACAUACAUGCAACUGUCCAGUGUCAUAUCUAUUAAAGUGGUCAGAGGAUGCUGGAUAUUAUACGAGAAACCGGGAUUUGAGGGACGAUGCAUCGCUCUGGAAGAGGAAGGAGUUACCAAACUGCCCAAUCAAUGGGCAGAAGAGGGUGAAAAAAAAACAUCUGCCCCUGUGGUCAUUGGCUCAAUUCGACUAGCUAUCAGAGACUACACUCCGCCCCGGAUAGAGCUGUUCACUGAGCCUGCUGGCAGAGGCAGAAGCUCAGUUUUUUUGGAUGACACAGAGGAAGUGGGCAGUUUUAGCCGUCCUCAGAGCACCGGCUCCAUCAAAGUCCACAGCGGUCUGUGGCUGGUUUACAGUGAUCCGGGUUUCCAGGGUCUGCUGGCGGUUCUGGAGGCCGGAGAGUAUCCGUUUCCGGAGGACUGGGGUUUCUCGUCGCCUGUGGUCUGCUCUCUGAGGCCUCUGCGAAUGGGCGCUCUGAAGGUCGAGAAGCCAAACGCGGUCAAGGCCGUGUUGUAUGAGAAGGCCGGUCUGGAGGGCCGAUGCGUGGAGGUUCAGGGAGACGUCUUCUCCUUCGCCAGGACAGAAACGGACCCGAGUGACCCAGACAAUCACAGACUAAACUGUGUGGAAUCACUGAAGAUCCUCGGAGGCCUGUGGGUGGGAUACGAUGGCGAGGGUUUUGAGGGGCAGCAGUUCAUUCUGGAGGAAGGAGAGUAUCUGGACUGGACAGACUGGGGCGGGACGGGGGAAAAACUCCUCUCUCUGCGGCCCGUCUUCAUGGAUUUCUCCUCCCCUCAUAUGAAGAUGUUUAGUGAGCCGGACUUCUCCGAGCGCGGCGUCAGCAUCGACCUACUGGGGCCACUGGAUAACGCCAUGAACACACGCUACGGCCCGCAGACGCGCUCCAUCGAGGUCCUGGCCGGAGUGUGGGUGGCGUUCGAGGGCCCCGGGUUCGAGGGUCAGCAGUAUGUUCUGGAGAAGGGUUUGUACGGAAGCCCGGAGGACUGGGGCUCGUCCCACGACCGGAUCUGCUCCGCCGUCCCCGUGAUUCUGGAAAAUCUGGAAAACUCCUGCCACUUCCAGAUUGAGCUGUUCUCUGAGUCUGGAUUCGGUGGAAAAUCUGUCCUGCAGGACUCACAAUCACCCACAAUCCCCGGCGGCUUCAGCGUGCGCUCCUGCAGGGUUCAUGUGGGCAGCUGGCUGGCGUUCAGCGGUGAGGGUUUCUCGGAUCGUCAGUGUGUUCUGGAGGAGGGUUUUUAUCCUGAUCUGAGGUCGAUGGGUUUCUCCGAGCCGGACUCCUCAGUGCUGUCGCUGCAGCCCACGGGAAUCGAGCUCUCGGUGCCGGCGCUGCUGCUGUUUGAGCGCUCUGGACUCAGAGGAAGGAGGACGCUGCUGAAGUCGGCUUCGGUGAAUCUGCAGAUCACACACAGCUGCUCCAGAGUCUCGUCUGUGCUGGUGCUCGGCGGCAUGUGGGUUCUGUACGAAGAUCAUAACUUCAGAGGCUCUCAGUUCCUGCUGAAGCCUGGCGCUGUUCCUGAUUGGCCCAAACUCUCCUCCUGGCUGCGAAUCGGAUCGCUUCAGCCGCUCAUGCAGAAACAAGUGCAUUUCCGUCUGAGGAGCAAAGAGGCGGGGCUACUGAUGACCGUCAGCGGCUCAUUGGACGACAUCAAGCUGAUGCGUAUCCAGGUGAGCGAGGAAACGGGCGGAGCCGAACAGAUCUGGACCUAUCAGGACGGUCAAUUACAGUGCAAGUGUCUGCCGGACGUGUGUGUGGACGUGAGUUCUGGUGUCCUGGUGUCCGGCAGCAGAGCCGUUCUCUCCGCUGAAGCACCGCAGCAGCUCUGGAGCAUCACGAGCGCCGGGGUCAUCCGCAGCCACGCCAAGCCAGAGCUCGUGCUGGAGGUCAAAGGAGGUCAGCAGUUCGACAAACACCAGAUUAUUGUGAAUGAAUUCCACCCAGACAAACUGAAUCAGCGCUGGUCUCUGGAGAUCCUCUGAGCUGCACCACGGGGCCCACUGCUCUGCUGCGGAGCUGCGCCAGGGGGACCGGCAUCCUGUGAGGCAGCUGCACCAGGGGGACCAUCAACUGUGGAAAUCUCAUUCUCAUGAGAGCCAGUGGAUGGAUUAUGACCAAAAUCAGCUGGACAUCAUGUUAUUUUUAUACAAGAACUCUCAGAUUUACAGGAAGAGCACAUACUUGAACAAUAAUAACUGUUUUCUUUUGUGUAAAUUGCAUUAAUGUACCUGUAUGGACAUUGAGCUGUAUUAAAGCAUGAGGUGUGUUUAUCAGUAAAUGUUGUGUUCUAAUCGCUGAGACGUGUGAUCAGCUCUGUGCUGAUUGGCCCGUGGGGAUUGGCUGGCUGCUGAUUGGCUGUCAGGGGAUUCUGGUGUUUCACGGGCCAAUGGAACGCUUCAGCACAAACCAGACCGUCUGCUGUUAAACGAGUAUUUAUCUGCAUUCAGAACAGCUACGUCCAUAUAAUAGUGAAGUCAAGCCACAAUUGUAAUUGACUUUUUGUCAAAAAAAAGUUGCAAGUUUGGUUUUUAUUUUGUGGCAGAAAUAAAAAAGUGAGCAAAAAUUA